ACUGGAACCACAGAGCCCGGAUGCCGUUUCCACCCGGGCGAUGUUGUUUGCCGCACCACAGUCUUUCUUUCGGGCGGUGAUGACGUCAUCGCCUGGACAUGCUGCAGACUUCGAUUUGUUCAAAACUGUUAUUUUUACUACAUUUCUUGUUGCCUGUUUCUGAAGGCCUUGUACUUGCGGGACGAUGGGGAUUCUGGAGAAGAUAGCAGAGAUCGAGCGAGAAAUCGCUCGAACUCAGAAAAACAAAGCAACCGAGUACCAUCUUGGUUUGCUAAAAGCCAAGCUUGCCAAGUACAGAGCCCAGCUUCUGGAGCCUUCCAAAUCAGCCGGAGCCAAAGGUGAAGGCUUUGAUGUUAUGAAAUCGGGUGAUGCCAGGGUUGCUCUUAUUGGAUUUCCAUCAGUUGGCAAGUCUACCUUUCUGAGCUUAAUGACCUCAACAGAAAGUGAAGCAGCUUCAUACGAGUUCACCACACUGACCUGCAUCCCAGGUGUUAUUGAGUAUAAAGGUGCAAACAUUCAGCUGCUGGAUUUGCCUGGAAUCAUUGAAGGAGCAGCUCAAGGAAAGGGUAGAGGCAGACAGGUGAUCGCUGUAGCCAGAACCGCUGAUGUGGUUAUCAUGAUGCUGGAUGCAACCAAAGGGGAUGUGCAAAGGCAACUUCUGGAAAAAGAACUUGAAUCUGUCGGAAUCAGGCUGAACCGGUACAAACCUAAUAUUUACUUUAAGCCCAAGAAAGGUGGUGGUCUGUCCUUCAAUUCGACGGUUCCUCUGACACAUUGCUCUGAGAAGCUUGUGCAGCUCAUUCUUCACGAGUAUAAAAUCUUCAAUGCUGAGGUUUUGUUUAGAGAAGACUGUACAUCAGACGAAUUUAUUGACGUCAUUGUGGGCAACAGAGUAUACAUGCCUUGUUUAUAUGUGUACAACAAAGUGGACCAGAUUUCAAUAGAAGAAGUAGACCGUCUCGCCCAUCAGUCCAACAGUGUGGUGAUCAGCUGUGGCAUGAAACUGAAUCUAGACUACCUCCUGGAGCAGCUGUGGGAAUACCUGGCUCUGAUCUGUCUCUACACCAAGAAGAGAGGAGAACGGCCAGAUUUUGGCGACGCGAUCAUCAUGAGAAGAGGCGCAACAGUAGAACACGUGUGUCACAGAAUCCACAGAACAUUAGCAGGCCAGUUUAAGUACGCACUUGUCUGGGGAACGAGCACGAAGUACAGCCCGCAGCGAGUAGGACUGACGCACAUCAUGGAACACGAGGACGUCAUUCAGAUCGUGAAGAAAUAAUAUCAUGUCUCCGACCAUCGAGUCAUUGUACAAUUACAACAGAUUACAUUUUUACUUUAUACGCAACUGCUUCAUGCAUUUACUUCACCAAGAUGACAUUAAAAAGAGCCUUUACUGAGCAUUUUGUUCAAAACAAGGAUGAAUUGCAAACCCUAUAAAACAAAACAAGCGUAUUUCAUGAUUUUUAUCUUCCUCAUUAUGAUAAAAAUAUUGAUUAUAUAUCAGUUGAGCCAUGCAUGCAACCUGAAUUUGAUUAGCAACAGGUUGAUAUUUUUUACUGCUUACAAACCAGUAUUUCUGUCCAAUAACAAAAUGUCAAAUUGAAAUGAAAGCAAUAAAAACGAAUGAUUUCAAA